CGAGAUUUGGUUGAAUGGAUCUACUUGUGAGACCACGGGGCUAUAUAAUAGAGCCCCACCACUAAAGACAGGUACGGAAUAAUUUGAAAUUCACCCCAGUUGAGGUAAGUUUAAACUUUGGUCCCUGUGUGUGUUCGUCGGGUUCUUUGGUUUUUCUUAAAGACAGUUUUGCUUUAUGCGUUUUCAAGUUUGAACUGUGUUUCAAGAGGCUAAGAAAUUGCAUUAUAAAUGUGACCUGCCGAGUUUAUUGACAUAGAAAAUAACUGGUUGAACAUUCUUAACAAAGAACCAAUAAACUAAAAUAGAAAAAUAUUACUUAAAAAAAUGAGAGUUUUGCUCUUGUUAGAAUCUCUGCUAACCAUGGAAGGCACUUCUAACCCACUUUGGUUGAUAACCGCACAUUAUGAAAAUUUCCUUUAAAAAAACAACACAAAAAACACAAAGACAGUAGUAUUAGUCCGAAAUUAAUUGUUUAACCAAAGUUAGAUAAAGAUUAUAUAUAUAUAUAUGAUAUUUAUAUUUGUAUUUAUUUGUGAAUGAAAACACAAAUUAUAUUUUAUGGCUGUGUUCUUCGUAUCUAGAACGUGCAUCUGUUUGGCUCAAAGAAGAGGCUUAACACCACUGUUGCUAAAAGAAAAAAGAAAUAAAUACUUUAGCCCUUAGCUAAUGUUCUCAGCAUCAACAGAAUACUUUUAUACGAUUUUUCAACUUCGUUCGUUAAAUUAUCUCUCUCUCUCUCUCUCUCUCUCUCUCUCGCCGCCAAAAGUGUGCUGUUUAUUGUAACCUCUUUAUCCGGGCACCUUUAUCUUGAGUGUUUUUCUGUGACUGUUGCAGAUGCGUAACCGACUCACAAACAUGAAUUGUAUCAAUGCACUGCUGAUUUAUUUUUCAUUUCUGUCAACAAGGGAUGUCCUCUUCUAUUUGCUGAUGACAGCGAAUGGACUCAAUGGGCUAUGUGUGCCAAAUAAUCUUGAUUCUGCGAUUACAGCAGGCCAUGUCCAAUUUACCCUGAGUACUAAAACUGUAAACAAACAAAAAACAACCCCCCCCCCAAAAAAAAAAAAAACAACAACAACGUGUUCUGAUAAAUAAUCUUGAUUCUGCGAUUACAGCAUGCCAUGUCCAAUUUACCCUGAGUACUAAAACUGUAAACAAACAAAAAACAACCCCCCCCCCAAAAAAAAAAAAAAACAACAACAACGUGUUCUGAAAGGUGUGCACGAACUAGCAACACAUUAAACCAGAUUUUAAAUGUUUUCAAACUCGGGUUGUUCAAGAACAUAUGUUCAGACCGCAUGUAUGGGAAUGAUUACUCAGCACUUUUGGUUUGUUGCCAAUUAGUUGAACCUUUUAGCAAGCUCUUAUAACAAGCGGAACAAAAAUGUGGGGACGGAACACAAACGUUGCCACGUCAUCAGAAGUUUGAAUCAUUAUCGAUUUCCUUAAAGAGUUAAAGCGUAUGUUUGAUAAUGAUUCAGACAAGCCGUCAUAUGGUCACCGCUCUAAAUCAAACAGACGCUAUGAACGCAUGUACCAAUCUACCAGCCUCGACACACACACACAAGGUUAAUUUACUGCUAUUUUUUUAAAAAAAAUAUAACGAUGUUCUUUUUUCCCAGAAACUUGACCUUGGCAUCCAGAUAAAAAUGAUGACAAUGACGACAUCAAUCUUUGUGCUCGCCACCCUCGCCGCUUCAGCAAAUGCUUUUCUGGUGAUGUCCUUAGGGAAAUGUCCUGACAUCCCCAUUAAAGAGGACUUGGACCUCAACCAGGUAGGAUAUCAUGAACGGGACUGUCACAUCUACAAAUCACUCACAAUCGUAUUCUAGUUAUGAUCUACAACAGGGGUCUCCAAACUUUUCAGCCCCAGGGCCGCAUUAACUAUCAAACAGCAGUUCGGGGCCCGACUGCAUACUCGAGGUCCAAAUAAAAAAGAAUCAAAACAUGGAUGUUGUUUUUAAUUAGUUAUGUCUUAUUAUUUCAUUCGGUUAUUAUGUAAUAACACAUUGAUACACGACACAUGAACACCUGUAUUAUUGGGAAUGUUGAAAUUGUUUCCUGCAUGCCAAAAUAGCAGUGAUUAGCAGACAUUUCUGGAUUUAGAUUUGAUGUCCCAAACAUCAACAGUGACCUGAGAUUAUCAUCGGACAAAUUUGUUCUCAAAUUGUUCUUCACGUAUUUCGUUCUUGAAAACGUUUCUUCACACAGGCAUGUUGUUCCAAAGAUUGAAAGAUACGUUGAUGCAAAUGUUUGGAAAUGAGGAAAGUCUUCCUUUGGCGAAUAUUAGUUAAAGACCCACCGGUCCUUCUUAUAACUUGUCCCUAAGGAGGUCAUUGGCUUGCAACUCAAUGAUCUCCAGGUGUAUUUUACCUGGGCGACUGGCCACGUCUGCUUCGAAUGAGUUUUGACAAAAGUCUCACGUUCUCUGCCUUUAAAUCCAAGUCAGAAAACCGCUGCUGACACUGCAGCUGGGGGUCUUUGAUGAUUUCGCAUACAAAUGACGUGAGGAACUCCACUGUUGCUUCAGCCAUGAAGACCAUCCACUGCUGAAAGUGUUUUAAGUUGUUGGCCUGUACUUGUUCCCCCCCCCCCUCCACCAACAAAAAAAAAAAAAAAAAAAAAAAAACAAAAAAAAAAAAAAAAACAAGACGAGUUUGUAUCUGAAAGCCUUUAGGUGGGCUUAUAGAUCAGAAACUAGAUUUUCCUCUCUUUGUAGUUUUAGGUUCAGAAAAUUUAAAUGACUAGUUAUGUCUGCAGCAAAGGCCGAUUUCCAUACCCACUCUUCGUCAGACAGUAAUGGCCGUGGCUUGCCUUUACUUUCCAGGAAAUCACCUUAUUUCCAUUCUUAACUUUAAUACUCUGCUCAGAACUUUUUCACAACUUAGCCAUCUUGUUGCUGUGUGAUAUGGUAAAUCUUGCGAUUCUGUGUCUGUAUCUUUCAACAGGUCUGUGAACUGUCUAUGGUUGAGCCCAUGUGACCUUAUUAAAUUAAAUCUUUUUACCACAGGAUUCAGUUCACUGCUAAUGUCCACAUAUUUAGAACACAAAGCUUUCUGCUGAAUAAUACAGUGCAGGAACAUUGGUUGCAGCAUUUUUUUCUCAUUAAACAUCUGCUUCACUUGUCCAACCAAGCCUUUAUUUAUGCCACUCAUAUUCUUUCCUCCAUCAACAGUCAGGCAACUGAGGUUAGUCCAGUCCAAGUUUUAAUCAGCAAAUGUUUUUUUUCAACUCAUUGAAUAUAUCCUCUCCAGUAACAUUGCCGUACAUGCUAUGUAGGGAAGCCAUCUCUUGUGUUAUGUUCAUGUCUUCAUCCACACCUCUAACGAACACAAGCAAUUGAGAGGUGGAACAGCUGUCCAGAGAUUCAUUCAUUGCAAUGAAAAAUUGGCGAAACUUGCUUGCAUUGUUCGCUAUUUGAGUCAAAAUGUUUUCAUUCAUGUCUGCAGCACGGCGGUCAAAUCUCCGCCACUCGAUGGCGUUAUACCAUCUCAUUGACUGUUAACGGAAGUAGAAAAAAACUAAGCAGCGAAUAAGGAUUAGCAAAGUAAUGAUCUGUUAGAAAACAUAACGCACUACAGCGCGCCUCUAUUUUAAUUCGGUAAAAACAUAACGCCCUGUAAGCGGCGUCUGAUCUUGGCAAGAUACACGUACAUUUCCGUAAUUUUUUCCGAAGAUAAAAAGGUCUCCGCGGGCCGCAUGAGAGGGCCCCGCGGGCCGUAGUGUGGAGACCCCUGAUCUAUAAUAACAGGGGCGUUGUGGAUCAAGUGAAUAGUGGCUAUACUUUAUUAAUUUUUAUUUUAUGCUAAAGCACACGAUCCCUAUAAAAAUCAUAAAAAGUUAAUACUUGAACUGAUCCCAAAACACUUAGAGUAAAGCUUCUCGGUGACUUCUCCAAGUGAUAAAGAUAUCACUAUACCAUGACCAAAUCUUACAACAUAAUAUGGACUUAAUAACCGCCAUCAUUUCGACUCCAUCUUUGUUCUUCUUACCUUGGUUUAGUUUUUACCAAGUGCCCAUACUCUAUACAUUACAAGUGAUAGUUCUCACAUUACUUAACUCCCUUGUAAAUCCUUUUCUCGUAUCUGUGACAGGGAAAAAGAUAGUUUUUGUUCCAUUUGUCUUUGUUUUUGGUGUUUUCUUUUGAAAAUUCAAUUUCUGGUUGUCUGCUGGCAGGAUUACAAACAAUGAAACGUUUGGAACCAAUAAAAACAAUUGGACGAGGUAUCGUGUCAUAGGGCUCAAUGCUUACCAUAUUAUCUGAAUCCAAUAAUAACCUUAGCGAGGUAUAGUGUCAAUGGACUCAAUGCUUAACAUAGCUGGAGUAGACGAACAAUUUUUAAUCCCAUGCUAAACCUCUCUAAAAUUAGCUGUCCUAUCAUUAUACACCUAUAUAUCUACCCAUACCUGUGCACACAAAAGAGGAGAGGGUUGCAGUGGGGGUGUGGGGGGGGGGUACACAGAGGAAUUCAAACCUUCCAUGUCUCGAUCGAAGUAAUAAUGGGAAUAAGGUUAAGUUUCACAAAUUCUGAAUUCAACUUGAACGAAAUACCUGAAUAAAUUAGCCGUUAUUUCAACAACUUUUCUUUCAGCAUUUCUGUUUAAGAUGUUAAAACUUAGGUGUUCUUUAAUUAUUUAUUUAUUGAAGAAGAGGGUAGUAUUAUUAUCUUUUUAAACAUCUUUAUAAAAUACUAUUGACAAAGCUUCAUAAGCCUCGCUCACUCUUUUGAAAUGAAUUGCUAGGAAUUUCUUACUGGACAGUGCAAUGUAGGACUGUUAAAGAAUAUUUGAGUAAUAAACCGUUUUGUUUGAUUGGUUUCUUGUCCAUCCCAGUAUCUCGGCAAGUGGUACAGCUACGAGAACUUUGACGCGCCCUUCCAGUUUGGACUGUCCUGCAUCACGGCCAACUACUCCAUCAGACCUGAUGGGAACAUCAAGGUGCUCAACGGUGGGGUCAAGAAGUUAAAAAUGUAAGACAGAUUGUUCACUGCGUUAAAUUUGAAAAAAAAAUGUAAGAGACAUUCUGAUUGUUUGAAUGUACACAUGUAAGGAGCAUUUUGAUUAGUUAUGUACGAACGGAUUUUGUGGUUUUGAGUAGCCGUAUGAAUAAUUGUUGUUAUUGGAAUAAUUUUAGGCGGGGUCACAUUUAAGUAGGCCAAGGUAAAAUUGAAGUUUUCUUUUUUUUUUGCAUAUAUUUUUGGAAAAUUUUAUUGUUUAAAAUAAAUUGUUGUCUGUAAUUUUAUCUUUAAUUCAAGCUUCCACAUGCCUUGUUCUAAAUGUAAUUCAAACUUCCACAUGCCUUGUUCUAAAUUUAAUUCAAACUUCCACAUGCCUUGUUCUAAAUUUAAUUCAAACUUCCACAUGCCUUGUUCUAAAUUUAAUUCAAGCUCCAUAUACCUUUAUUAGCAUCAGAUAUGUUUCAGAAAUUUUCCAAAUAAUAGGUUAUCAUAAAAAUCCACACAAAAAUAAAGAGUUGGGGGGGGGGGGGGGGGGGGGUUUUUUUUGUGUUGGGUUUUUUUUUUUUUUUUUUUUUUUUUUUUUUUUUUUUUGCAAUUAGAAACAAAUUAUUUUUAUAAUAAGAGAUUUGGAUUGGAAAACUUCCGCACGCAUUAGAGGACUAAAAAUCUGUAUUUUGUAACUAACUUUAACUUACUUCAUAAUAUUUUGAAGAAUCCUUCCAUCUAUUGCUUAGAAAUAUAAAUUUCGUUACAGUUCAAUGUUUCUCCGUAUAAAAUUUUAUAGAAUCUGAGAUAGCUUUGGGGAGGAGCUCAGAAUCAACAAUUGAUCCAAAACCUAAAAAAAAAAAAAAUUUUUUUGUUUAAAAUCUCUUUUGCUUACGCUUUAAAAUGUAUCCUAAAGUAUUCUCAUCAAACGUUAUAUAAAAUUAUAACAAAAUGUUAUUGGAUAAGGUUUUUAAGUUAAAAUCUUGCCACGCUCAAAUCUUAAUGAGUCUGUCAUGGUGUUCUUUCCUUUACAGAUUUGGAAGGACUGUCAUGCGGACCCCUACCAACAUUGAGGGCGAGGCUCGCAUAGUCAACAGCGAUCGACCUGCUGGCCUCGCUGUCAAGUUUCCAGGACAGCCAGGUAGACUAUCGCUUCGGGGGGGGGGGCGUAAAUUUGAAUCUUGUCCCCCGUGCUCCAAACACUUAAGCUACGCCCCUGCAUCCAAUUCCCGGAGACAAUGCAAGUGUUCUAGAAACAAAAAAAUUGGGGCAAAAAUUGUAAAAAUGCAUUCCAUACUAUUGUAUCAUUGGCGCAAUUUUUUUGUUUGUUUUACUAUACAGUAUAGUAAGUUCAAAAAGAAAUUUGACGAAAUGUUAACGUGUGAAAUGAAACAAAGAUUCGACCAAAUUUCCGUUCAAUCAAAUUUCCGUUCAAUCAAAUUUCCGUUCAAUCAAAUUUAUGUCGAUCAAUUUUCCGUCGACGAAAUUUCUUUAAAAACAAAUUUCUGUUAACUUAAUUACGGAGAUUGGUUUACUUAAGAUUUAAAUAUAGAACGAAAGAUUUAUAUAUAUUUUAAAUAUAUAUUAUAUAUUAUUGCUGUCAAAGAAGCAUAACCCAAAAUAUCGUAAUUGUAUUUGAAUUGACGGAGUUGUCUCCCAUGAAUACAUGAAAGGCGAAGUGUCUGGGGAGACACCUCUAUCACCGGCGGGUUGUGUCGUCACUAUGAAAGGCUUACAACCCGGACAUCACUUUUGAUUGGACUCAACCACGAUUUAUUUCGUCUUCUUUGCCUGUCAACCCACAAGAGAACGUAUGACAGAGUUUCUUUUAACUCACAGGAGAACAUAAGACAAUUAGAGUUUCUUUUAACUCACAGGAGAGCAUAUGACAGUAACAAUUUCUUUCAACUCACAGGAGAACAUAUGACAAUAACAAGUUAUUUCAACUCACAGAAGAACCUAUGACAUUGAUAAUUUAUUUCAACUCACAGGAGAAUAUGACAGUAACAAUUUCUUUCAACUCACAGGAGAACAUAUGACAGUAACAAUUUCUUUCAACUCACAGGAGAACAUAUGACAGUAACAAUUUCUUUCAACUCACAGGAGAACAUAUGACAGUAACAAUUUCUUUCAACUCACAGGAGAACAUAUAACAAUAACAAUUUCUUUCAACUCACAGGAGAACAUAUGACAGUAACAAUUUCUUUCAACUCACAGGAGAACAUAUGACAGUAACAAUUUCUUUCAACUCACAGGAGAACAUAUGACAGUAACAAUUUCUUUCAACUCACAGGAGAACAUAUGACAGUAACAAUUUCUUUCAACUCACAGGAGAACAUAUGACAGUAACAAUUUCUUUCAACUCACAGGAGAACAUAUGACAGUAACAAUUUCUUUCAACUCACAGGAGAACAUAUGACAGUAACAAUUUCUUUCAACUCACAGGAGAACAUAUGACAAUAACAAGUUAUUUCAACUCACAGGAGAACAUAUGACAGUAACAAUUUCUUUCAACUCACAGGAGAACAUAUGACAGUAACAAUUUCUUUCAACUCACAGGAGAACAUAUGACUGUAACAAUUUCUUUCAACUCACAGGAGAACAUAUGACAGUAACAAUUUCUUUCCAUGCCUUCCGCUCUCAAGCUAUAUUUCUUCUCUCUUUAAAAAUUGUUUAAUGUAACAACAAUUGUGUCCAGUUAAGAUAUUACACUGUAGUAGCACAAUGGUCUUGAUGACGUGGGUGCCCCUGGCUCACGUCAGAAGUUUUCAUAAAUUUGCUCCAUUAAACAAUCAAUAUAAAUGUUUUAAAUAUUUUAUAAAAUCGAAUGAAUUAAAACUUUAUUUACAUUUUAGUUCCCUUAAAAAAAAGAAAAUAUUUUCUUAAUUAUGAAAAGAAAUGCUUGCUUUUUGAUACCAAAAUGUUUGAAACACUUGAUUGCUUUGUAUGUAAGUUAAGAAUAUUUUACGCAAACUAAAUGUUAGCUUUGUUUAACUCGAUAAUCCUCUUUCGUUGGUAUGUUUCCUCUGACGGGCGACACGUAAAUGAGCACUGAUAGACAUAGACCGUGAUUUUUUGUUGUUACAGAUAUGGGAGAUAAUAAUAAGGCGAACUACAACAUCAUCAGCACAGAUUAUCGUACCUACAGUCUCGUCUACUCUUGUUCACAACCCACACUCCUGCCAGUCAAAGUUGGUGAGUCUCAUGACUUAUUAAUUUUUUUGUAUUGUUUCACGGAUGCCCGAUUUUGCUUGCAAUGGUCAUUUUUGGUCAAGCAAUUACUUUUUUUUUCCUCCACUGAAAAAAACAACGGGGGGGGGGGGGGGUUUUUUUUAGUUAAAACAAGUCAUCAGCACUAGUGAACUUACAAAUUAUAGGUUUCCCCCUGGGUAAAUCCCAGGGUAACCCUGCUCUUCACAACUUCCUGGUUUAUUAAAGGGUAAAGUAAACUCAACAUUGACAGCGAAUACAAGUUUAUUUUUGUGAUGUUUUGUAUACAACUUUUUUGAUGUUCUGGAGCAAUACCAUGUCUUACCAUGCAUUACCCCUUACCAUGGAGCAAUACCAUGUCUUACCAUGCAUUACCCCUUACCAUGGAGCGCUAUCAUGUCAUUACUAUGUAAACCCUUUACCAUGGUCUACUACCAUUUCAUAAAAUGGUUACCCACGUGACAUGGUGCACUAUCCUGUUAUACUGUGGAUAGCCAGCUGUUAUGAUGCACUGCCUGGUACGCUAUGGUUACCCAAUUAUAAUGGUGUACUACCCUGGCGUACAACUGGUAGCCAAUUAUCAUGUUCACUGCCCUGGCGUACAACUGGUAGCCAAUCAUCAUGUCUUACAUGUCAUCAUAGAAUAGCCGACUCUCCACUUAUUGACACAUCAUUAAUGCCAUAUUAGUAGACAAGUGAAAGGCCUAUUCAACCCAUAAAAGUAGACCAGUACUAAGCCUAUUCAACCCAUAAAAGUGGACUACUAUUAAGCCUAUUCAACCCAUACAAGUAGACCAGUACUAGGCCUAUUCAACCCAUAUAAGUAGACCGGUACAAGGCCUAUUCAACCUAUAUAAGUAUAUCAGUACAAGGCAUAUUCAACCCAUAUAAGUAGACCAGUACAAGGCAUAUUCAACCCAUAUAAGUAGACCAGUAGAAGACCUAUUCAACCCAUGUAAGUAGACCAGUACUAGGCCUAUUCAACCUAUAUAAGUAGACAAGUACUAGGCCCAUUCAACCCAUGUAAGUAGACCAGUACGAGGCAUAUUCAACCCAUAUAAGUAGACCAGUACUAGGCCUAUUCAACCCAUAUGAGUAGACCAGUACUAGGCCUAUUCAACCCAUAUAAGUAGAUCAGUACUAGGCCUACUAUCCUAUAUAAUUAUUAUUUUAAAUUGUGCGUUGUUGUUUAUUAUUUUGACCCUUUUGACCCAACUAUUUCUUCUCUCCGUCGCAGAGUUCGUCUGGAUCCUUACACGAGAAAGGGGCGUACGCCCUGACAACAUCAACGCCCUUAAGACGAACUUACGGGUCUACGGAGUCAAGACGGAAAACUUUAAACCUGUUGACAACACCGAGUGUUAGUGCCUCGGGAGAAAAGUCUUUCCAUGACACAGCCACCGCACACAUGAGCCAUUAUCUUCAUCAGCACAUCCUGUUAGGGUUUCUUUCUAGACCGUCGAUAUUUUUAACAGCAUAGAACUAAAUAAGGGAGACGUCUUGCGUCACUUGAAUACAAGUCUUGACGAUGGGUAAAACUCACCAAAGUCUAUCUGUUAAGUACAUGUUUAUACUUCCCCUCGGUACGUCCCACAAACUGCACCUAUUUAUAUGCAUAUCUUUUUUUAAAAUCUGUUACUUGUUUUAUAUUUGAUCUAUGCUGCCAGGCACUAGGUCCCCAUACUUUGGUAUCAAUUUAAACGAGACUUACCUCCCUUCCCCUGCCAACCAGACCAAGGCCAAAACUGGAUCUACGAGAUUCUUAGUGUUCCAGGUUUGAUCUUGGGGAUUUAAUCGUCUUAUUUUAACGUUGAUAGUUAUAAAAAAAUAAAAUUAAAAAAAAAGGAUCCAUAAUCUCUAGACUUUCAACCUUAUUUUAUUCAGAUUGUAUAAUGUGUCGUCAAAGGUGUAAUACUUAAUAGUAAAAAUAAAAUUAAAUUUACAGAA